AGAGUGUGGAAAGUGCUCUCUUCUUUUGUGGUUCACGCAAAUGCAUCUUGCUUCUGACUACUUUUGCUGAAGAGUGAGAGGCACAGGAUUGCUCUUUUGGCUCUCAGAAUGUUGAAUAUCUGAUGUUUUCUCCAAGUGUUGUUUUGUUCAUAACAAUGCCAAAAUUGUCGAAAAGCCUAUGUCGGAUUCUUUUGAAGUAGAACUAUGAAUGUUGCAGCUUAGAACAGGAGAUAGGUUGUUCCCAAGGUUGAGAGAGAUAAAAUUUAUCUUUCUGUGUGAAGUAAAAGAGAGGUGGUGGAGAUGGCUGCGAAGCUUCUGCAAACAUUGGCUGACGACAACCCAGAUUUGCAGAAACAAAUCGGAUGCAUGACUGGUAUUUUUCAGAUUUUCGAUCGUCCCCAAAUGAUUGCCAGUAGGCGCUAUAGCCACAAAAGGCUUCUUCCUGGUAAUUCUCAAUCCAAUGAUCUCGGCAUAGAUAGAGAAUCUGCGAACAUGUACCUUCGACAAGCGCCUGAUGAAGUAAAUUUCUACAAAAGUGUGAAUGAGAAGCAGAGAUUUUCCACUGAAUCAUCCAGAGCUUCUUUUUCGUCCACUUGUUCAUCUUCCCUGUCCUCUCUGGAAUGUAGCAGAACAGUUCAACCUGGACCCUCUUCCUUUGACCAAAUCACAUUCCCUGAAGCUCCCUCAAGGGAUGCUACGGUGAGCCAAUCUAGCCCGUCUCCCAAUUUACACCGCAAGUCGUUGGAUCUCCGGGAUGUAGUCAAAGAUUCAAUGUAUAGGGAAGCUCGAGGUCUAUCAGUUAAAACUACGGCUAGAGAGGAAGUCACCGGACGCAAAGAGAGAUAUAGAGACUCGCUGAAACCAUUACAGCCACCGAAACCCACUGAAGGUUCUUCUGGAGAUGGGUUCGAGGUGAAGCGGAAUGUCCCUGCAGAUCUUAACGAAUCCCUGAAGGUUCUUACAAAACUCCAAGAAGCACCUUGGUACUUCAACGACGUUCAGGAGCUUUCGAGACCAAUGUACGAAGCAAGAGAUGGGGCUGUGCAUCUGAUAUCGAAGGUUGCACCUCGUUUUUCUUAUGAUGGAAAAGAGCUAAAUUGCUUGUCCUUUGAAUCACGGGAGACCAUUAAAUCCACCCCGAAGCUGAAAGAGCUACCCAGACUUUCACUAGACAGCAGGGAGAGUUCAAUCCUGAGCUCUAACUCUAAUUCAAAAACCAAACUUCUAAGAAGUGUGUCAAAGGGUAGCUGCAACUCAAAUGAGAGAGCCCAGGAUCCAGCGCAAUCGUGUGAGUCUCAGAAGCGUCCUCCUAGUGUUGUAGCAAAGUUGAUGGGCUUGGAGGCAUUGCCAGAUUCUGCCUCAGCUCCUAAUGCUCUGGUUGGCUCUGUCAAAUCCAGCUCAUCUGAACCUGGGGAUUCGUUCUCAAUACCAUUGACAGCAAAUGGACUAGGCAGACCUACCAGAAACUUCGAGUCCUUGAGAAAUUCGAGUAAAGAGCCCGAGUCACCACGCUGGAGAAAUCACGAUGCUGUCAUGAAACCCAUUUCAAGAUCUCCCAAUGAACCAGCGCCUUGGAGGCAGAUGGAUGGCAAUCGAAGAACUCAAAAACUUCCCGUUAAACCUACCGAAGCUCCUCAAAAGCCAAUUGAUCCCUAUCCUUCUGUUUAUGGUGAAAUUGAGAAAAGGUUGAAAGAUCUUGAAUUUAAGCAGUCUGGGAAGGAUCUCAGAGCUCUGAAGCAAAUUCUGGAAGCAAUCCAGGCCAAGGGACUUUUGGAGACCAGGAAAGAAGAGCAAGCUUCACAUUUCGGAACCCAAAAAGACCCCGUGGGAAGAUCUAGAAUUCUCCACCAGAACUCGAGAUUGCAAAGGCAACAGAAUAUGCAAAGCAACUGUGGAACUGCUCCAAACAUUGGGGGAUCCGAAAGUUCAAGGUCUUUUGAAUCCCCAAUUGUGAUUAUGAAACCUGCAAAGCUUGUCGAGAAACAUGGGUUCAAUGCUUCGUCAAUGAUCCCACUGGACGCUGUCUCCAAUCUGCAUAAAAUCCGGAGCAACGCAGAUUCUAGAAACUAUCCAACUUCUAGCCGGCCAGCUAAAGAUCCGUCUCCUAAGAUUGGUCGCCUAGAGUCUACUAGCAGCUUUGCUGAUAAGAAAGCUAGUGGCAGGAGCACAAAAUCUACACAAACAUCAUCAAGGCCUCAGCUAGUUCCUAAAGAGAACCCCGCGAGUUCUGCAAAGAGCUCGGGUUCUGUGAGCCUCAGAUUGCAGCAAAAGAAGCUGGAGUUGGAGAGACGAUCUCGUCCACCAACUCCUCCAUCUGGUCCUAAUAAACCCAGAAAGCUGUACAACAGGCAGAGUAGUGAAUCCAGUUCGCCGGGUGGAAGACACAGGCACAGAUCUUCCAAUCUGCACUCUACUGAUGACCAACUGAGUGAAAUCAGUAACGAUUCAAGAACACCAAGUUGUCAAGGAGAUGACAUCUCUGUUCAUUCAGACAGCAGUAUCGUCUUUGAGUCGCAAAUCGAUGCAGAAGUCAUAAGCAGUGAAUUGCCGACUGUGGGGAAGAGCAAACAGAGUCCAUGCAUGGAGUCCUCUAGUUAUUCAGGCACCGGGCCGAAGCAAAAGAAGAAGUCAAUUCUCAUGGUGGAUGAAGAUGAAACAUUGGCGGAACUUAAUACAGCAGCUACAGAAUAUCACAGUCCAGUAUCAGUACUUGACUCAUCAGUACACACGGAAGAUGCUCCGACUCCUACAAAGCAGAUGGUAAAUUCUUUCAGAGGUAAUGUUGCUUAUGAGUCUGACUACAAUCAUGUCCAAGAUCAGUGGAACGCGACAGAGAGCCUCCAGCCAAGUGGUUUUGUCACCAUUCCUACCUCCGAGGUUAAUCGCAGGAAGUUGCAGAACAUCGAGCUGUUGGUUCAGAAGCUUAGAGGACUCAACUCCAGCCAUGACGAGGAAAGAACAGAUUACAUCGCCUCUCUUUGCGAAAACGCGAAACCUGACCACCGAUAUGUUUCCGAGAUAUUGCUAGCUUCAGGCCUCCUGCUCAGAGACUUCGGCUCAAGCGUGACUGCAUUUCAGCUGCACCCAUCAGGCCACCCCAUAAACCCCAAGUUGUUCCUUGUUUUAGAGCAAACGAAAUCAAGCGCUAUAAUAAAAGAAGACCCUGUCUGUGGCAAGGAUGCGACUUUGAAGCCGAACCAGGAGAAAAUUCACAGGAAACUCAUCUUCGAUGCUGUAAAUGAGAUUCUUGUUGGAAAGCUAUCAUUUUUGGGCGUUUCUUAUGACCCGUGGUUGAAAUCGGAAAAGCUAGCGAGGAAGUCGUUCACUGCACAGAAGCUUUUGAAAGAAUUGUGCAUGGAGAUCGAGCAGCUCGAUGCCAAGAAUCCAUCAUACGAUUUUCAGGAAGAGGACGAUGGUCUAAAGAGCAUAUUGUGGGAGGAUGUGCUGCAUAGGUCCGAGAGCUGGACGGAGUUCAACAGGGAGACAUCUGGGAUGGUAUUAGACAUUGAGCGCUCGAUCUUCAAAGACCUGAUCAACGAGGUCAUGAUAGGCGAAAUGGGUGGAUCCAGAGCCAGGCCAAGCAGGCGCCUGGAAUUGUUCGGUUGCUGAUAUCUUCAGUUUUCAUUCUUUUUGACAAAUCCUUUUUCUUCCCUCCUCUUCUCUGAUUCUCAUUUUGGAUGUUUGUUUUGAGAGCAUAAUAAUUGGUGUGAGAAGGUUCUUAUCCAUGGAUGAUCGAGAAAGCUGUGAUUGUCUUCGAACAUUAUGUCAUACAUGUUAAAAUGAGCAAUAUGCAAUCCACUGUUUUAACUCUUU